CUUGUGUCGUGGAACGUCAACCGUUUUUUUUGCAUCGAUUUCUAGGCAGGCUUGCGCGCCUACAUUUUUCAAUUUCGUUUUAUUUUUGCUAACGGAAACUUUUUCAGUAUGUCGGACGGAGAAGAUAUUUUCGCUUACAAUUCAUCGGCUGAUAGUGAGUAUUUGUCUGCCAGCAAUGCUCAGGAUCCCCAGGAAUCAAUCGUCAUAGAGGAAUCGGAUCCUGAGGACGACUCGGAAGAGGACAGUGAAGCAAGACUCGUUAUUGAGCGCAUGAAAAAAAGACAAAGUCGUCGCAUGUCCUUCCACCCUAAGCGGUCUAGUUCAAGCGAGCGCGAAAGUGAUGACGAACCAAAGCGAAACGAGACAGGAGAGGUUUCAAUCGCUAGCGAUGACAGCACAAGUGAUGAAGAACGGGAUGUUGAAUCAAGGGCGUUCUCUCCUGUUACUAGGAUGAGCAUAACCGGCCUCAGAGCGACAGACAUAACAUCCGAUGAAGAUGAAGAGGAAGUAGUGGUAAAGAAAAAAAGUAACAAAAGAAAUAUCCUGCUGUCGGAUGACGAAAGUGAAGAGGAAUCGGAAGCAAGGGAUGAGAAACGUGAUUCGUUUGAGGACAGUCUUCCACUCAAUAGUUACAAUGCCGAAUCAUCUAGGGAUAAACGAGACUCAAUUAGCACAAAGCUUUCUUCUACCGCCAUUUCGGAGGACAUCCAAAACAAUUUGGCCGAUCUAUCGAUUAACAAUCGUCUCUCUAAUAGUGUUCGUGAAUCCAUUGGGAAUAAGUUGUCUUCCACGGCAGUAGACGAAUCAGGUGAGCAAAAGGAUGGAAGCGGCGACUCGUCGAGUGUUGCCUUACUGGAAAAAACCGAAGAGAUCCUGUCGGUUUCGAGUGACGACGAAAAACCGACCAAGCCAAUGGUCCAGCCUACGAUUAGGGCAGCCUUUGCAAAACAAUUGGUUUCGCAGAGUUUCUACGAUGACAGAUUGCGUAAACUAUCCGAUCUGAAGACGACGCUUGUUUCGAUCGAGAAGCUAACCAAGACGAUGAAGGCUCUACCUGAUAAAGGCGCCGGGCUCAUGCGGAAAAUGAAAAGCUUAAAGCAGGAAAUCGAAGAUCUUUCCAACGAGGUGAAUAAGAUGGAAGUGAACGGUUCGCAAGGUGUUCGUAGCGAAAUUCGGAAGAGCUUCGAGAGUUCAGUCGAUACCAGUGGACAUAUUUUGACCGAAACUAAAAACAAUUCUCUAGCGAGUACUAAUACCAGUGUCAAAUCGGUGGCAGAAGAUAAGAUAAUAAACAUUUCUUGGGACGAUAUUCAGAAGGCCACCGAACAAAUACAGCCAAAAUAUACCGGAAAGCAGGGAAUGGCUACUUUUGAGACCCAGAAAACACUAACCAUGGAUCGCUUGGCUACCCUACACAAGUCUAUUGCUACGUGUCCCACCGAGGACACUCUGGCUGAUCCACCGAAGUUGUUGAAAAUUGAGCUUAUGAACCAUCAAAGACAUGCGUUGGCUUGGAUGAUGUGGCGUGAAAGCCAGAAGCCUCGCGGAGGAAUACUGGCUGACGAUAUGGGUCUGGGGAAAACAUUAAGCAUGAUCUCAUUAAUAUUGAAGGCGGCCGAAAUGGAGGACCCUGACAAGGAAGAAGAUGACAGCGAUGAUUCAGAUGAGGAAAACUAUCCCGAUAGUGGGUGGAAGGCAAAAGGGAGGAAAGAUUACUAUGCUGGUGGAACCUUGAUUGUGUGUCCCGCUUCCCUGAUGAGACAAUGGGAAGGAGAAAUAGUUAACAGGGUGUCAAGGAAUAGUCUCGCAGUGAAUGUCUACCAUGGUUCAAAUAGAGAUGUAAAGCCGCGACAUUUGGCAAAAUACGAUGUUGUGAUAACAACGUACAAUAUUGUUUCGAGAGAGCACAAGUCAUCGGAGAGCGGUGUUUUUGGUGUUAAUUGGGAGAGAUUGAUCCUGGAUGAGGCGCACAUGAUAAGAAACCACAAAAGUGCAAUGUCGGUAGCGUGUUGCGCACUGAAGGGUCGCUAUCGUUGGGUUCUAACGGGCACUCCCAUCCAAAACAAAGAGAUGGACAUGUACGCUCUGCUAAAAUUUCUUCGCUGCACGCCCUUCGAUGAUCUAAUGCACUGGAAAAAGUGGAUCGACAACAAAAACGCGGGAGGAAUGGUUCGGCUCAACACGAUCAUGAAGUCUAUUAUGCUCAGACGAACCAAACAACAACUUCAAGAGAAAGGAUCACUCCAAUGUUUGCCGGAGAAGAACAUUGCCUUGAUUGAAGUAAAGUUGGAUACGGAUGAAAUGAACGUGUAUCAGAAGGUGCUCCUCUAUUCGAGAACUCUUUUCGCUCAAUUUCUGCAUCAGCGAGCCGAAAAAGAAAAUGAUGCGUAUUUUGGAGCUCAAGGAAAUCGGCCCACCUUUGCCCAAACGCGAAAUCCUAACGGGGCGUAUGAUCGGGUUCACCAAAAACUCAAGAAACUUCAUGCUAAAGAAGAGGUCCACCAGCAUCAAAUUCUUGUUCUGCUGUUACGACUUCGUCAGAUCUGCUGUCAUCCCGGACUCAUUCAUCAAAUGCUUGAGGACGACGAUGGAAAUUUUGAUGUAAGCACCGUGGAAGAAGAACCAGAGUUAGACCUGCUCGAUCAGUUGAACAAACUCAAACUAACGGAUGCACCCGAUGGUGAUGACGCGAACGAUUCUUCCAAAGCGUUGCAGGAAUUAAAUCUGAGCGAUAAUCUACCAAAAGAGUCAGAAGCCAUUACGAAAGCAUCAUCGAAGGUAAUGCUUCGUUCGAAUCCGGUAUUUGAUUUAGGGCGAUUAAGCUCAAAGAUAGCGAAGGCACUGGAGUUGCUGGAUGCGAAAAUAAUGGGCACAGAUGACAAAGCUGUCGUAGUAUCCCAGUGGAGCAGUGUUCUGGACAUCGUCGCUGACCAUUUGACUGCCAAACGAAUACGUCACGUGUCGCUAACCGGGAAAGUGCCCGUCAAAUUCCGCAAUGACAUUGUGGUGGAGUUCAACAAACAAGGAACUGGUCCGAAGAUUAUGCUAUUAUCGCUGACUGCCGGUGGAGUUGGACUGAAUCUCGUGGGUGCAAAUCACUUGCUCUUGCUUGAUUUGCACUGGAAUCCACAGCUGGAAGCCCAGGCUCAAGAUCGUGUGUACAGGGUAGGUCAGAAGAAGACUGUAUACAUAUGGAAGUUCAUGUGUUCGGACACUGUCGAGCAGGCCAUCCGAAUGUUGCAGGAAAAGAAGCUCGGAAUUGCGGAUGAAGUUCUCACGGGAACCAAACAUACCGGCAGCAAACUGUCGAUUGACGAUUUGAAGGCACUGUUCGGACUGUAGAGAAAUUGUUGGUCCACUCGGCGACUGCAGGCAUUCGUCAGAAUUGUGAUGUGAGAUGAAUUGCAACAUUUGUGUUGUGUUCGUGUAGCACUUUUAGAUAUUGAUGGAUAUAAAUACUGUUUGUUAUACAUAGAGAUUGGAGAAAACGCAAUUUGGUGCUUGCCACAUUCCACGAGCGGAAAUGCUUGGUGUUUUAUAUUUGAUUUGAAUGAAACAAAUUCCCGCUACAUUUUUGUCUUACAAUUGUCAGUAAGUUUGGUCGAAAUGGUUUUUCUAAAGUAGUUUUUUAAAGAAGUUGAUAUUUUACAGUUGCGUAUUUUGGUAGCCGACAUGAUGCUAAAAAGUGUAAAACUAUAUUC